AUGAAAUUGCAUGGGUUACUUUUGCUAUUCCUGGGCUUCAUUUGCCUGAGUCGCAGUCAGGACGAAAAUGAGAAUGUUCGCAGGAUAAUGAAGGAAAUGGAGGUGAUCCCUGAAAUUUUAGAUGAACCGCCCAACGAAUUACUCAGGAUUAAAUAUGACAACACCUUUGACAUCGAAGAGGGCAAGUCCUAUACUCCAAAAGAACUUAAAUUCCAACCCAGACUUGAUUGGAACGCGGAUCCUGAGACAUUUUACACUGUGGUUAUGAUUUGUCCCGAUGCUCCGAAUCGUGAGAAUCCCAUGUACCGAUCCUGGCUUCAUUGGCUGGUGGUCAAUGUUCCCGGAUUGGAUAUAAUGAAGGGUCAACCCAUAUCGGAUUACUUUGGUCCUCUGCCACCAAAAGACAGUGGAGUUCAGCGCUAUCUUAUUCUGGUCUAUCGGCAAUCGGAUAAACUGGAUUUUGAUGAGAAGAAGAUAGAGCUAAGUAAUGCCGAUGGUCAUAGCAAUUUUGAUGUGAUGAAGUUUGCCCAGAAGUACGAAAUGGGAACUCCAGUGGCGGGAAAUAUAUUCCAAUCCAGGUGGGAUGAAUAUGUUCCGGAGUUGAUGAAGACACUCUAUGGUGUUGAUGAGUAAAGCUUGUAUUUCUAAAUGGAUACGGAUUGUGAGCGGUGGAGAGGUUCCUUGGUUGAGUUUAUAAGUAUUUGUUUUAUGUUUACGUUGAAUAAAAAUAUCUAGAUAGUAAUGAGCAUUCCAAAAAU